AUGGCUCAACAUGGGGGACAGAUUCUUUUUGGACCUUCAGAUGGGUACUUAUACUUUAUGAUGGGGGAUGGUGGAGGUACAGGUGAUCCUUACAAUUUCGCCCAAAAUAAGAAAUCAUUGCUUGGAAAGAUAACGAGGCUUGACAUUGACAACAUACCAAGUUCAGUAGAAUUUAGCAAGCUUGGUCCGUGGGGAAACUACUCUAUCCCCAAGGAUAAUCCAUAUUUUGAAGAUAAAGAAUUGCGGCCUGAAAUAUGGGCCUUGGGAUUAAAAAGUACUUGGCACUGCAGUUUUGAUUCAGAAAGGCCUUCCUAUAUAAUGUGUGCUGAUGUUGGGCAGGAUCGAUAUGAAGAGGUUAAUAUAAUCACGAAGGAUGGCAACUAUGGUUGGCGUGCUUAUGAAGGUCCUUAUCUUUUCACUCCUCAACAGUCACCUGGAGGGAAUACAUCUAUAAAUUCGAUAAGCCCAAUCUUCCCAGUAAUGGGAUACACUCACUCUGACGUGAACAAGAAAGAAGGAUCAGCAGCAAUUAUUGGUGGCUAUUUCUAUCGGUCCAUGACUGAUCCAUGCAUGAAUGGAAGGUAUAUAUAUGGAGAUCUAUAUGCAGGUGCUAUAUGGGCAGGCACAGAAAAUCCUGAAAACAGCGGGAAUUUAACCACAAGCCAGAUUUCUUUCAACUGUGCUCAUCACUAUCCGAUACCAUGCAGCUUUAAACCAGGAAGUUCACUUCCUGCUUUAGAUUCCAUCCUCUCAUUUGGGGAGGACAACAAUAAGGAUAUUUUUAUCCUAACUGGCAGUGGAUUGUUCAGAAUUGUUCGUGCGAGUCGCUGCAAUUAUACUUGUGCAAAGGAAAAUGUUACAGCUACUGCAACACCAGGUCCUGCAGUUUCUUCCCCACCUUCUCAGAUCUCGUGGUUUGCCUCCCUUCUCGUUCUGGGUGAAGGCUUCACCGUUUCGGGCUUGGUCGGCAAAAUCAAUUUCUCCUACUUCUCGAUUGCUGACGCAUCUGGGCUAUCCUAUCAUGGGGUUCAGUUAAAGCAGUCGGUGGUUUGGUUCCUUUCGCCGGCAGCGUGCUCAUGGGGUUUCUGGUUUGUGAUUGUCAGUGGCUUGGUGAUGUGA